AUGAAGCUGGCCGUGUUAACUUGUUUGAUCACUGCCAUCACGGCUGCCAAAACGCCUGGCUACCGAUUUGUUGGUAGAGUCAACCCAGCAACCAAGCAGCUCACAUGGCCUAGUACUGGAGUGGCCUUCACCUUCAAGGGAACUGAAGCAAUCAUCAACAUCAAUAGUGUUACCGGGACAUCAAGCGCAGACUUAAUCAUCGACGGAAAAGAACCAAUUGUCAUUGCAAAUGUGAACGGAACAUCGAUAUCAGUUCCAAAGCUACCAAAGGGUACUCACACUGUCGAACUUCGUAAGCGGUCAGAGACCUCGUUUGGUACUUUCAGCAUCACAGGCGUAUCCACUGAUGGAAAGCUGCUCGACACAACACCACCGAAGCGCAAGAUUGAGAUCAUUGGAGACUCCAUCUCUGUGGGCUACGGCCUCGAUGGCGUCCUUCCGUGCGUGGACACUGCCGCCCUUCAAAACAACGGCAAGACAUACGGUGCUGUAGCAGCCCGAGAUUUGAACGCAGAUUACAGCGUCGUAGCUUGGAGUGGAAAGGGUCUUAUUCGCAACUAUGCCUCAUCGCCUCCGGAUACAUCACCACCAAUGCCUACCAUCUACACUCGUUACGGUGCCAACGAUAAGGACAACAGUUUCACCUUUCCCAAAUCGUGGGUACCCGAUGCUGUGGUCAUUAAUCUCGGCACCAACGACUUCAGUUAUCUUAAUGUGCGCGACCCAGUGAACCCGGCGGAUCUCACAAAGGCACUUGUCAAGUUGGUCAAGAAGGUGCAGUCACACUAUCCCAAGGCGCAGUUCUUCUUCGUAUCUUCGCCGUUGCUCAAUGACAACUACCCUACUGAGGCGGAUGCACAGAAAAGCACUCAUGUUCGUGUGCUCAAGGAUGCCAUGCAACAGCUGAGUGGUGUCAAGACACACUUUGUGGACUGGCCCACUCAAGGUGCUGAAGCAGGCUGUGAUUACCAUCCUAAUGCUGCUACUCAAGCACAAGGCGGUCAGCUGCUGGCAGCAUCUAUCAAGGCAGCCUUGAAGUGGUGA